GCCUGACUAGAGAGAGCUCCGCCGCAAGCCGCCGCUUUUGGAGUGGAGUUCCACAUGUCCUCCGCGCUUGAGCCCUGGGACGUCAGAGGCCUGGCGUGCUGCCACCGCCCCAGUUCACGUCGUGUGACCCACAACCAAUGGAAGAGCAGCCAAGUAUUCCCGGCGUCCGCUGUGAUUGGUUCCCGGAGUGGAGGCGGUGGCAGAGGGUGGGCCUUAGGACGGGUCUCCCUUAAACUGGGCGAUCAGGCGGCGACCCUAGAGGCGUCUGUAGGGUAAAGCUGGGGGUUCUGUAGCUGGAGGGGGCGGCGAGUCCAGAACGUCCUGGCCUUACAGGGAGAAGGCGUCACUCGCGGUUACAAGUGCCUGACCCUCACUCCAGUUGGCGGAGGAGGAGAAGGAAGGGGCCGGGCCGGGUCCCCUCCCCUCGCGCCCCGGAUGGAUGUGCCCGGCCCGGUGUCUCGGCGGGCGGCGGCGGCGGCGGCCACUGUGCUCCUGCGGACGGCUCGGGUCCGUCGCGAGUGCUGGUUCUUGCCCACCGCGCUGCUCUGCGCCUACGGCUUCUUCGCCAGCCUCAGGCCGUCCGAGCCCUUCCUGACCCCGUACCUGCUGGGGCCGGACAAGAACCUGACGGAGAGGGAGGUCUUCAAUGAAAUUUAUCCAGUAUGGACUUACUCUUACCUGGUGCUACUGUUUCCUGUGUUCCUUGCCACAGACUACCUCCGUUAUAAACCUGUUGUUCUACUGCAGGGGCUCAGCCUUAUUGUUACAUGGUUUAUGCUGCUCUAUGCCCAGGGACUGCUGGCCAUUCAAUUUCUAGAAUUUUUUUAUGGCAUCGCCACAGCCACUGAAAUUGCCUAUUACUCUUAUAUCUACAGUGUGGUGGACCUGGGCAUGUACCAGAAAGUCACAAGUUACUGUCGAAGUGCCACUUUGGUGGGCUUUACAGUGGGCUCUGUCCUAGGGCAAAUCCUUGUCUCAGUGGCAGGCUGGUCGCUGUUCAGCCUGAAUGUCAUCUCUCUUACCUGUGUUUCAGUGGCUUUUGCUGUGGCCUGGUUUUUACCUAUGCCACAGAAGAGCCUCUUCUUUCACCACAUUCCUUCUACCUGCCAGAGAGUGAAUGGCAUCAAGGUACAAAAUGGUGGCAUUGUUACUGACACCCCAGCUUCUAACCACCUUCCUGGCUGGGAGGACAUUGAGUCAAAAAUCCCUCUAAAUAUGGAGGAGCCUCCCGUGGAGGAACCGGAACCCAAGCCAGACCGUCUCCUUGUAUUGAAAGUACUAUGGAAUGAUUUCCUGAUGUGCUACUCCUCUCGCCCUCUUCUCUGCUGGUCUGUGUGGUGGGCCCUCUCUACCUGUGGCUAUUUUCAAGUUGUGAACUACACACAGGGCCUGUGGGAGAAAGUGAUGCCUUCUCGCUAUGCUGCUAUCUAUAAUGGUGGCGUGGAGGCCGUUUCAACCUUACUGGGUGCUGUUGCUGUGUUUGCAGUUGGUUAUAUAAAAAUAUCCUGGUCAACUUGGGGAGAAAUGACAUUAUCUCUCUUUUCUCUCCUGAUUGCUGCUGCAGUGUAUAUCAUGGACACUGUGGGUAACAUUUGGGUGUGCUAUGCAUCCUAUGUUGUCUUCAGAAUCAUCUACAUGUUACUCAUCACGAUAGCAACUUUUCAAAUUGCUGCAAACCUCAGCAUGGAACGCUAUGCCCUAGUAUUUGGUGUAAAUACCUUCAUUGCCCUGGCACUGCAGACGCUGCUCACUCUAAUUGUGGUAGAUGCCAGUGGCCUUGGAUUAGAAAUUACCACUCAGUUUUUGAUCUAUGCCAGUUAUUUUGCACUCAUCGCUGUGGUUUUCCUGGCCAGUGGUGCAGUCAGUGUUAUGAAGAAAUGUAGAAAGCUGGAAGAUCCACAAUCAAGUUCUCAAGUAACCACUUCAUAAUAUACUGCUGAAGGGCUUCUUCUUAUAGCAAGAACUCUGCACAGCAACUGCCUGGAUGUAUUUGAUUUUUUAAAGUGUAGACAUAUAUUUAUGAAUGUGCAUUUCUUGACUUCACAGCAGCCACUUGACUAAUACCUUGUGUUCCGGGAAUAACAUGAUACUAUUCAGAGGAGCCAGAAGUAAAGUUUAUUUCAUGGAUUAUUUAUGAGAGCUAAUUUAAGGAUGACUUUUUUUCUGAUUCAAAAGUGAACUUGAUUUUAAAAACCAGUCAAGAGCAAUCAAAGCAGCACAUGGUGUUGUAUACUUCAUUAGCAAGUGAGUUUGGUGUUUUAUAGGUCGCAUAUGUCUGUAUCUACUUAGCCAGAUGCUUGGCCUGGUGGGACCAGGGCUUCACAGAGGCCACAAAAUGUUGCAAGUCAUGAUGGAUGGAAAUAUGUUCUAACAGCAUCUGCCUCUAUUCAAUUUAAUUCUUAUUUCUGUGUUACUCAUGUACAUUGGUCUUUCUACAUAGUUAUUCUAUCACUGGCAAUAUUUGUUCUGGUUUAGUGUUCUGUAUUUUAAGGUGUACAUAUCAUUUCUAAUUUUAAGUUAUUUUAAAAAAUUCAUCGUAUGAAUGUUCUUGGUUCCCAUUGUGACGAUUAUGUAUUUCUGUAAAAUUUGUUUAGAAGUACGUUUUUGCAUUAUUCAUAUGCUUCCCAGAGAAGCUCAUUUAGUUAGAAAAUAAGGCAAGUUUUGAAGCCUGCUAAAUGAAGAGACUUAAGAAAGCUUAAGGUACGCUUGCUUGUCUUUAAAUCUUCAAUAUGAAGGACUAUUAAUUCCAAGAUUAAAAGUUCAUAUAUAGGCUAAAGAUGUAACUAGGCCAUUUGUAUUUGUAUUCCCUUUUAUUUCCAAAAUAAAAUGAAAAAUCUUUUUUUAAUAAUUUCAUCCCUAUUUAUAGUUUUUAUAUUAAUUUGUUUUUCUUAUCCAAGUAAAGAUGUCAAUAGGAAUUGCAUUAGUCCAAGGCCUUUUUCAUAAACUGAGCCUCUUUUCAAUUAUUUCAAUGGGACAGGAACUAGGAUAGAUGUGAUUCCUGCAUUUUUUUACCUUAAAUCUGCCUUUGUUUCUAAAGGUAGAUCAUCUUGAAUAUUUGCUUAAAAUUGCUAGUGAUUUCAUUACCAAGUUACUUGAAAAAAUGUUCUAUAUGCAUUUAAUUCUGAAAUCAGUCUACCAAGGGGCUGCUAGUAUAUGUCAGACAUGAAAACUAUUUUAAAGCUGACUUUGUUGCCUUAUCUUGAAAAGAAUCUAGAUAGGUGCUUUUAACUGGGGUAUUAACUUUUUUAGAAUGACACAGCUGAACAGUGUUAAUAAUAGUGUGUCAAGAUUGCAAAGUCGACAUACUCAUUUGGUUUAAGCAGGAAUCCUAGAAGCAAAUGGAUGGGGAUAGGAAUAGGUCAUUUUCUAUUCACCAUCCUUUACUAUUAAGGGAAAGGAAAAGAACACUAGCUAAGGAAGGGAAAGGGAAGUGAUAUCAUAAAAGUAGCAACCUUCAUUUUACAUUCUGUCUGUUUUUCUUUUUUUGCUUUGUUUUGUUUGUGCUAAUUUGGGAAUUGUGUACUCCGAAACAAGUAGAAAAGUGCUGUUUGAGGGAUUUUAUUAAAUCUUUUUUUAAUGGAAUGUGGUACAAAUUGUUCAUGUUACCAAAGCAAUAUUUCCCUGGAAUUUAAUUCAAAGUUUGUGGCAUACAACCUGAGCCUUUUCUUAUAUAAGACAAGAAUAUGUUCACAUCUUGGUAUGUGGCCAUAUUUAUAGAAUGCUGAACUCAAUGUGCAAGUUGUACUGUAUGCAGUUUUGCAAAUAAGUGAAAAUAAUUUGUUGUACUUUUUAUUCAAUUCUGUAUAGAUUAUAAAAUUAUUUUUAUUAAAUAAAUAUUUUACAGUA